AUGGCUGAAAAUGAUUCCAGCUGGAGCCUCCCGCUUCGACAAGAGAUCAUCAUCCCCAUUACAUGCCAUUGCCUUGGUGGGUUCUCUAAGUUUAUUUUCAUGUACAAUAUGUCCAGACAAGAUUCUUUUGCAUCAGUCGCCUGCAAAAUUUUUGCAGGGUUGGUGAAAGUGCAAAGUCUAAUUGAAGAGAAUCCAGAUUUUGAUGUCCAUGAUGUCCCUGUUGGUUCUCUGAUCAGUGUACCUAUUCGAUGUGCUUGUCCUGAUUCACAGCAAAGAACUAAUGAGAAGGAUGGCUUUGACUUGAUCGCGAGUAAAUUUGGAUUGCCUGAAAUAAACAUCAGGGAUGCAAAUAAUCUAAGACCAUAUGUAGCAAUUUUUCCUCGAACAACUUUGCUCAUUCCCACAAAGGAUGUACCGGAAGUGAGAUGGCACGUUGGUUCUUUUCAUGAAAACUCACCUGCUCCUAGAGCAGUGAUUCCCUUGGAAAAGGUUGUACCUGGUACCAAAUCAACAAAAUGGAAUUUUCAAGUAUUUCUUGGCAUAGGUGUUUCUAUGGCAGUUGUUAUGAUGUUUGUAGCUUGUGGGGUUCUUAUAUGCAUUCAAAGAAGAUAUCAUCCGAGGAGGUUCGAAACUUUGCCUCCUAGGAGUUCAGUGUCAUCAAGUGUCUCACCUGAUUUUCUUGAUGGAAUGUCUAAGUUAAAGCAAUCGUUGAUUAAUUUCAGCUUGGAGGAGCUAAGGAUUGCAAAAGAAGACUUCAACGAGGCUUCUAUGAUUGGCACGGAAGUGUAUAGAGGUAGAAUUGGAGGUUACUAUCUAGCAAUUGAACCAAUGGAGUCAGAGGAAGAUGCUCGCCAUGUCAUUUACAUAUUACGAAUUCGCUGA